CACAUGUUCUGCUGGAGUCCAUGUCAUGCAAUUACGAAAAUAAUUUUAAUUUAUCAUUUUCCCUUUUCGAUGAAAAGAUAUGCCUUGUAACACUCCGCCACCUCCAGCUGCAAUUGAAGACAUGGAUGAUGCAGAGAAUGAUAUGGAAAUCAUUGAAGAAUUUGAGCUACCCGAAGAUGAAUCAGUUCUAACAUUUACUGAACAUGAAGCCAUCCUAUACUUGCAACUGGAACAAACAAAGGUUAUUUAGCAUUUUGGGAUGUUUCUAGUCAAACCAAAAGAUCAUGUUCUCAACUCACAGAGGAAGCUAUUGUAAAGAUAAUCUUUGCCAAAAAUUCUCCAUUGCUGUAUACUGUUACAUCUGGUUGUCAUAUUCUUUUAUAUGAUUCCAGAACUGCUCAGUUAGAAAGAAAGUGGGAAGGACAUAUUAGUACUAUAUUAGACUUUGAUCUUUCAAGGGAAAUUCCUUUGAAACUUCACUCUGGACUAAAGGUUCAGCUGAAACUUGAUAUUUUACGAAUAUCUCAUUUAUUAAAAUUAUGGCUCUUGGAACGACUGGGUAUUAAGUGGCUGGACUUACUUGAAUCUGAAUUUGAUAAAGCAUUUGUGGAUUUAGAUCUACUAAUUGGAGAAAUCGACGAAGAUCAAAUAGACAUUGUAUAUGCAGCUCGACAGAAAUUAACUGCUUUGAGCACAGCAUUUGCUCAAUUAUCUCAUAAAUCACAAGUUGUAUGCGAGAGCAGUAUGAAACUUGAGAAAGAACUUGCGGAUGCCAAGCAAGGACUUCUUGAAGCUGAAACAUCAAGAUCAGCUUUGCAAAAAGAACUUCAGCAUUUGUUGUUGCAACUACAUUCAGCUCAGCUGCAAGUGUCUGCACAAAUGGGGCAUGCUGAUGAUUCUGAAACCAUCAAACAGAAGCUGGAAAAUGAAAUGGAGUACUAUAGAACAAAUAUUUAUAAAGAGACAUUUACAGAAACUCAAGUUCAGCAUUUGAAAAAGGAAAAUGAAAUCUUAAAGUUAUGUAAUGUUGCUCUCCAAAGUGAAGUUUUUGGGUCAAGAUUAGCAGCAAAAUAUUUAGACAAAGAAUUAGCAGGAAGGAUUCAACAAAUUCAAUUACUGGGCAAAGAUAUCAAAGGAAGUGACCAUGACCGACUUUGGGAACAGCUUGAAGCUGAGAUUCAUCUUCAUAGGCAUAAAACUGUCAUUCGAGCUUGCAGAGCUCAAAGAGGCAUAGGAUGUAAAUUGCUAGCACCACCAGGCCAUGAUUUUCAUAUGCUUAGAAAGAAACAAGGUGUUGGCGAGGUCAGAAUAGUGACAUUAACUAAAGGGGCAGAUGAAGGACUUGGCAUAUCAAUCACUGGUGGCAAGGAGCAUGGUGUACCCAUAGUUGUUUCAGAAAUACAUCCAUAUCUUCCGGCUAGUCGUAGUGGCUUGCUUUAUGUUGGAGAUGCUAUUUUAUCAGUCAAUGGCAUUGAUCUGAGAAAUUUAAGGCACGUGGAAGCUGCAAAAGUUCUUUCCAGUCAACAGGGACAAAUAACAAUGGAAGUAGUUUUUGUUGCUCCAGAUGAAGAUUGGAGUGAUGGCCAAGGAAAUGCAGAUUUUAGCUUCAAUUAUCCUUUUUAUGAGUAUAACUCCACAAGUCUGCUUACUAAAUUUAUGAACAGAAAGACAACAGAUCGUGGUACUGACCCCAUAGAAACUGAAGAUGUAUCUACAGAGGAACCUACUGCAUCAAAUAAAGACUAUUUAUUGAACUCUUCCAGCAAUUCUUCAAAAUGUAUAGAAAAUGGUGACUGUGCAGAGAACAUUUGUGCAAUACCAAACUCUUCUAUUGAAAUGUCAUCCAGGGAGGAAUUUUCUGGCUCACCAAAAAAGAUAGACUCCAAAGAUGUUUUAAAUUCAUUGAUACCCGAUAGAAACGUACUAAAUGAUAUGUGGCGUUCAUUGAUGUUUGAGAAGAAUAAGCACAGAAAUGAAAAUGAACAAGGUGAAGGCUCCAUGUGAAAUUCCUGUCUAUAGAACUUGAAUUGCAUAAAUUUUGUAUAUAUACAUAUAUAUCAGUUUUCUCAUUUGUGGCAGC